AUGGGCAGGAAUCUCCCUUGGGAUCGCAAAAGAAACCGAGCCCCUGGAGAUAACAUCUCAGCUCCGUCCACACCCCGGCCGGCUGUGGCGGUCGCGCGCACGCCCACAACAGAGCCAGUCCAGCGACUGACCCUCACCGAUCGACAAACGCGAGCAGGAAGAAGUCCAUCGACCUCUCCACCACCAGAGCCUCCACCACAAAUAUGCAUGAUAGAAGGAAUGGAUUACGACGACAAAUACCGCAUGGUAGAGGAUGAGCUGCUUUCAGUAGCACGAAAGUUCACGGUCCAUCUCCACGCCGCCGAAUAUCAUCGGUUGAAGCAUCAGGCCAAGUCGCGCAAUGCAGACGCGAUCGAUUCCAUCUCGCGCCCGGUCGUAGGGCGCAUGAGCGUGGGUGUGCAGGUAAAGAAUGAGCGGCUAGUCAGGGCGCGGGUACGACAGGAAGGUCUCCGAGCAGCGCUUGCCAAUAGCAAGGGAAAGGGUCUAGAGGUUGACAGCGAAGACGAAGCCCCAUGGACGGGAACAUCCUUACAAGGACUCAUGGAGGUCCCCCAGAGUUCGCAGAAGCCUCUGUCCCGCCUUACAUCUUCUGUCGGGCCUAAUACUAAGGCCUCGGCAAGACCGCCGAUAAUUCAUAGAACUGAGUCGAGGAGCGGUUCCCCAGCGCAAAUAGCUAAACAUCGGGUAGAAGCAAGGCUAGCUAGGGAUGGCGUCGUCGACCCAGGGCUCCCUACUAGGAGAACGACAAUGCCCUCUGCUAGGCUGGUGCAGCCGGCAAAGCCGGCAAAGCUACAUUCUCCUGGCCAUGGCAGCCAGGCUCGCCAGUCGACGUGGCCAGCCACUUCAGGCUCUCCAGCCAAAGACCCUGGGAGGAAAAGACCUCUGGGGCAAAGAACGUCACUCGUAGUCCUCUCCGAUAGCGAUGAUGAUUUGUUUGCUAGCCUCGUUAAGAGGCGCAAGGAGAAGGAGAAAAGGCGGUCCAUGCACCAGGUCGAGCCAAAACCAGAGGCGAGUGAUGAGUCUCUAGCCACCGUCAAACAGGAGACCACAAGCGAUGGUACCAUCAUGCCCUCUUUCCUCUUUUAA